AUGUACGAGCAGCGCAUUGCGUCCAUCGCUCACCGGUUUGACGCCGCUGCCCAGGAGGCGGCCACCCUCCAAGCACACCUCCAGGCUGCGCGCCGCGAGGCAGUUGCGGAGGAGGAGCGGGUGCUGGCCCAGGCGGACCAAGAGUUCACUCCCGCGUGGCGCGGCGGCGGGCUGCCCUCCAAGCCCUCCCGGCUGCGCCUGGACCCCAGCAAAACCUCGGCCGGCGCUCUGCUAGACCCUGGCGCGGUUGCGCGGCAGCUUCAGGAUGUGCGCCAGGCGGAGGUGCUGUCGCCCCCUCGGGUGUUUGAGUACGACGAUGACUCAUUGGAGCCCCACCACCUGCAGGCAACCGGCAACCUGAAGGCAAGCAACCAGGGCGUGCGGCAGUCCAUCGCGGCCGCCAGGAGGGGCGACGGCCUGACGACCGCCGUGCGGGCGGGCGCGUGGUCCACGCUGCCGGAGGCCGAGCUGCGGCCGCGGCUGGAGGCCGCCGAGGCGCGGCAGAGGGCGCUCGCGCUGCAGAUGUCGUCGGCGCAGUGGGAGGUGGAGGAGAGGGUCAUCCGCGCCAUGCGCCAGCGGCUGUCAUUCCUGCGCAACCCGCGCUACCGGGACGCCCCAGCAGCAGGCCCCGCUCGCGGCCGUGGCGGCUCCUUUUCUCCGGCGCCCUCCGUCUCCAAGGCAGGUCAUAUCAACCCACAGCAAGCAACUCAAAAGCAGCAGCAGCUGCUGCAGCAGCAGCAGCCCUUUGCAGCAGAGCCCUCAGAGUUGGUGUUUGGCGGCUACGAGCCCGGCGGUGUGUACACCCAGACUCUGAGGCUGCGCAACGUGACAGGCGUUACGAGGGGCCUCCGGCUGCUGCCGCCUGCCUCUCAGUACUUCCACGUCUCACUGCCAAGGUUCCCCACUGCCGCCGCCAACGACGUCGCGCCGGGCAUGGCCGCGGAGCUCGCCGUGAGGUUCACGCCCGACUCGUUGGCUGACUACGACGAUGUCGUCUGCGUGCUGACUCAGCUGGGGAGGGUGGAGGUGCCGGUCCACUUCACAAACACGGGCGGCGACGGGCGAUUCUGGCUUGUCCCCGAGGCUCUGUGGCCGCCCUCAUCAGCAGCAGGCGCCGCGCCCUUCGGCUCGGCCGGCGACCGCGCCGCCAUAGAUGACGACGCCGCGGCGCGUGCCGCCUUGGCGCCGUUCUGGCUGGAGCCGAGGCUUUUUGAAACCCCGGCCGGCGCGGCCACCAGCCUGUCGAUUUCGUUUGCGCCCCAGGCGCUGGGCGACGCGGCGCGGCCGUUCCUGUUGGUGUGCGAUAACUGCAAGGUCGUGCGGUUCGUGGUGCGCGGCCGCGGGACGGACGUGGACGUGCGGUUGGAGGAGCCCGACGGCCGGCCCUGCCCGGCGGCGGCGGUGCCAAGCAGCAUCGGGGAUGUUCAGGGUGGCCGGGGUGGCGGCAGGGGGGGCGACGAGGCAGGGGCGGCGGCGGCGGUGGCGGCCCUGAUAUGGAUGGGCGAGGUGGUCCCUGGCGUGGCGGUGGAGCGGGAGCUAGUGGUCCGAAAUGCGUCCCCAGUGGCGCUGCCGUUCUGCUGGGAGGUCGGGCCGCUGUCAGAGGGCCUUGAACGUGAUGAUUCGACGGCAGCCGCAGCGGCGCCUGCGGCGGCGUUCACGCUGCACCCGGCCAGCGGCGUGCUGCAGCCGGGGGAGCGGCUGACCGUGACUGCGUCGUUUGCGCCGGCGUGCGUUGGCCAUGCGGCGGCGCGGGCGCGGCUGCGGGUGGACCGCGCUGCGUCGGCGUUUCGAGCCGGCACCAUUGGCCCUGCGCACGAGCGGGAGAUCGCGGCCGCCGCCGCGCUCGCCGCCGCCGCGGCACCUUGGGCGGCGGGAGAGGGCGGACAGGCCGGCGCAUUCGCAGAACAGCAGCAGCAGCAGCAGCAGCAGCAGCAGCAGCAGCUCGAGGUGGUCAGCAUCAUGCUGCAGGGCGUAGGCGCGCCCGCCUUGCUGCAGCUGGACCCGCCGUCGCUGCGCUUCCCCGGCGUGCUGGCGCGCGGCCAGCGCGCGGAGGCGGAGCUGAUGCUGCGCAACCCGACGGAUGCGCCGGUUCACUUCCAGUUUGAUGCACCCUCUGUUGAGGGCCACGGCAACGCCGUGCAGACCGGAGCGCCGGCGCUCGCGCUGGCGCCGAGCGGCGGCGUGGUCCCGCCGCGCGGCGCGUGCGCGGUUUCCGUCGUGCUGCGGCCCUCGUCGCUCGGGCCGCUGCGGCGCGCGCUGACCUGCGCGGUGCGGCACGGCGCGGCACUGCCGUUCGUGGUGUCGGCGGAAGUGCAGGAAGCGGAGGUCGUGCUAUGGGCCGCAGGCGGCUUGAUAGAUUUCGGGCUGGUUCGAGUCGGGCACAGCGUGGCCAGAGAGCUGCAUUUGCGCAACACAUCGGCCUUCUCUGGGGCAUCAUGGAGGUUCGAGCAGCUGCCUGCUCUUGCGGCCGAGGCGGGCGUCGACGGUGUGGGAGCGGGCAGCGGCAGCGGCAACGGCAGCGGCAGCUGCAGCGGCAGCGGGAACGUGCUGGAGACACGCAGCGGCCGGCAGGCGAGGCUGGAGCAGUUGCUGGACUUUGAGCCGGCCAGCGGGACGCUGCCGCCGUCGGGCGAGUGCGCCGUGCGCGUGGUGUGCGCGGCUGCGGUGCCGGGGCCGCAUCGCAUCGUGCUGCGCUGCUCGAGCGGCGGGGGGGCGCGUGUGGCGUGCCUCGAGGCCGAGGUGACUGUGGUGGUGCCAGACGUCGCAUUGGAACCGUGCAGCGGGAGCACCACCAAGGGUCCGCCGCGCUCGGCUGGGCCAGCCACCUCCUGCGCCACCAGCGUCCGCAGCCGCAGCCCCGGCCGCAGCCGCAGCGCAGGGCGGCGGCGCGGCGCGUCGCCGGACGGCGGCGCGCGCCCCGCCAGGAUCCGCCUGGCGGCCGACGGCGGCGCGCUGGCGCCGUUUGCGGCGGCCGGGUCCCGCGGCAACGACAUGAUGGCGGCGCGGCGCGAGCUGUCGGAGGCGUCCGCGGCGCUGGGGCCCGGCGGGGGCUCGCGGGGGCUGGCGCUGGCGGUGGCGCCGGGCGGGGGGCGGCUCGAGCCGCUGGGGGCGGUGGCGCUGGAGGUCGUGGCCUUCAGCUCCAUGGUGGGGACGUACGUGGACACGCUGUGCGUCCAGGUGAGGCGUAGUUGGUGGGUGGCUGCUGAAUGA